UCCCAUUCCCAUGGAAUUCCAUGCAUGAGUUCCACCAUUAUCCCAUUCCAGUGGUCCCUGACGUCCAUGUGUCCAGAAAAGAGGAACAUGGGACACUGAUUCUAUCCUGCCACGUGUACGGAUUCUAUCCCAACACCACUGCGGUCAGCUGGAUGAAGGGAAGUGAAAUCCGGGAUCAGAAGAUGGAGUGGGGUGGGAUCGUUCCCAACAGCGACGGCACCUUCCAUACCUGGGCCAGGAUCGAGGCACUGCCGGAGGAGUGGGAGCAGUACCGGUGCCAGGUGGAGCAUCCCGGAAUGCUGGAACCUGGGAUCUUCACUUGGGAGCCGACAUAUGGUGGGAAUCUCGACAUGGUGAUCACUGUGUCCGUCAUCGCUGCCGUCCUCGUCCUUGUCCUCAUUGGAUUCGGUGUCUGGAGGCUCCAAUCUGGGAGGAGGGACAGGAAUGGAUACAACCUGCCAGCUGGUGAGUUCCAGUGGUGGAUCCAGCUCUGAAUCCCCUCUUUGUACAUCCCAUGGGUGGGUU